CUUACAGCCCCCUCGAAGAUGAUGCCUUGCACACCAGCACCUUUGGUUAUGCAUUUUCUCAUUAACUAUGCAUGCGUAACUGCCCUCGAUUUCUUUCCCUUAUCCAACAAGGGCUAUAGAUAGCCUUGUUUUACCUACAACGUGACACCGUCUUCAUAGUCAAUAACGUUAUCCUGACGACCGAAGCCGAGCCAAUAACUCCUGUGGCUAUUAUAAGAGCUAUUUGAAUUCAAUGAUAUACAAGCACAGAAUUAGGGAAAAUGCUACGGCAAAGCAAUAGACAAAUAUGUCCUACUCGAUCACCGCUCGAGGUUUUAUAUCCAGACCCGACUAACCAUCCUGUUGAAGACGCUGAAGUCGACAUAAUUGCCGUCCAUGGUUUGGGUUCGAACGUUGACUGGUCAUGGACAUGGAAGGACAAGGCCAGAAAACGACCACCCGUCCACUGGCUCAAAGAUCCUGAUAUGCUCCCAGCUCUCCUGCCUAGAGCUAGGAUCCUGGUAUAUAACUACGAGUCAAUAUGGUAUGCCAACGCACCGCGAACACGCUUACAGCUCUGUGGAGAAUCUCUGAUGCGUAGUGUUCACAACUUCCGCGAGGAUUCUCAACGACCUAUCAUAUUUUUAGGCCAUAGCCUUGGCGGUCUAGUUAUCUUAUAUGGCUUAUUGUACGCUGAGGGGGAAGAGGAAUUACAUUAUCUACCCAGACAGACUGUCGGGUUUGUUUCCCUCGGAACCCCCUUCCGGGGCACGCAGAUGAAGUGGGUUACUAGUGUUAUCGCCUGGUCAAUGGCACCAGCCCAGUCACAUUCGGGUAUUAUCCAGGAUUUAGAGUACGACAAUUCUACACUAAGAGAUAAGGUCCAUGAUCUCUGCAAACUACGGGAUAGACUACAUUUGCCAACGUGUUGCUUCUUCGAGAAAUUCAAGACAGAUUACGGUAAGAAAUUUGGGGUCACAGGAUUCGCGAAGUUGAUGGUCGUAAAAGAGGAAUCCGCUUGUAUUGCUGGAUGGGAGCGAAUUUCACUUCCAGCGGAUCAUCUUCAAAUGAAUAAGUAUUCAGGCCCAAAUGAUUCCUCCUUCUUGAGUGUUUCGGCAGUAAUAGUUGAGAUGUAUAAGAAAGCUAAAGUUGCAAUCGAAAGUCGGAGAUCGUCACUAGACAAGUCUCAGUUCAUGGUUCCCUUUGGCCGGAACAGUGGCUUCGUUGGUCGAGAACAAACACUGCAACUAUUCCUAGAAGGAAUCAGCCCAGGGACAAACCAGAAUGAUUGCCAGCGAGUGGUGCUUGAAGGUCUCGGAGGUGUUGGCAAAAGUCAAUUGGCCCUCGAAGCUGCCUACCGCAUCCAUGAAAAAUAUCCAGGCAUAUCUGUCUUCUGGGUGCCUGCAAUUAGUGAAGCAACAUUUGUUAAUGCCUACCGGGAGAUUGCCCAACAGCUCAGACUCAAAGGACUUAAUGACAAUCAAGCAGACAUAAAAGCACUCACGAAGGCCGCCUUAGAAAAGGAAAAUGCUGGUAAAUGGCUUUUUAUCCUUGACAACGCCGACGACGUCCAACUACUCUUCGGCGAUGGCAACACCAGAGGCCUGGUCGAAUAUAUCCCAUUCAACCGGAGCGGCUCCAUCCUUAUUACGACACGGACUCACGAAGUCGCCAGUAGACUUGAUAUCUUGAAAUGGGAUAUCAUUGCUGUCCAAGAAAUGAACGAGAGGGAUGCUUCUAAACUCUUGCAAAAUUGGCUAGGAGACGAUCGGUUAGGUGAUGGAGAGAGCGUACAUGACCUACUCGAAUUACUAGCCUAUCUUCCUCUGGCUAUCAAGCAAGCGGCUGCUUAUAUAGCGAGGACGGGAAUGACGACAACCAGAUACCUGCACCAUUGCCGUACAAGCGAUAGUACUCUUAUCAAGCUGCUAAGUAAGAAUUUUGAGGACCGCAGCAGAUACAGAGAUACCUCGAACCCGAUCGCAACGACUUGGCUUAUUUCAUUCGAGCAUAUCUCUCGGGAUGCCCCAUUAGCGGCAGAAUACUUGAAACAGUUGUGCUUCUUUGGGGAGAAAGACAUUCCUCUCACGUUGCUAAACCAGGAUUCUGAAUUAGAGACCGACGAGGCUAUAGGUGUACUGAAGGGAUACGCCUUCAUUACAGAGCGAGAUGGGACCAGUUUCGAUAUGCACCGGCUCGUGCGCCUCUCUAUGCGCAAUUGGAUAAAGGAGAAGGGAAACUGGGAAGAGUGGAUUACCCAAGGGAUAAAGUAUCUUGAUCCAAGGUUAGAAGAUGUAAGAAGUGGCGACAUCAUGACCUGGCGAAAGUAUCUACCGCAUACGCAAACCGCCUUGGAAUUCCAACAAGACGCACAGGAUAAAGAGGCCACGUGGGGACUCCUCAUGAAUAUAUCCAUGGGUUAUUUGGUCCUUGGAUACUACGGGACGGCGGAACAGACAGCUCGACAAUCCCUAAACCUGGCAGAGAAUAUAUUUGGUCAUGAACAUCCUAACACGCUGGUUUCAAUUAAUUGCCUAUCUAGUUGUUUGGAAUCCCUAGGACACUAUUUAGCAUCAGAAAGUCUAUACUGGAAAGCAUUAGGACUGUGUGAAAGACAAUUCGGCCCUCACCACCCCGACAGGCUUAGGACUAUGGAUAACUUGGUUUUGGCAUUAGAUUUUCAGGGAAAACUCGACGAGGAGGAAAAACUACAACAGCAAGUACUAGAGAUACGUAAAGAAAUGCUAGGAGAGAACCAUUACGACACAAUCACCAGUAUGAAAAAUCUUGCAUCCACCUUAAAGAAGUUGGGGAAAUACGAAAAGGCCGAAGACUUGUCUUCGCGUAUAAAUAAAGCUUAUGAGACUUGGGAACCGGGAUCCACAAAUAUGCAACAAAUAGUAACAAGGUCUAAGAUUUCAAUAGACCAAGGAAUGUAUAGCGAGGCAGAAGAAAUUCUUCGACAGUUGAUGGAUGUUGUGGAAAUGGAUCCAGAAGUAAACUAUCAACAAAUUCUUGACGCAAAAUUAGUCCUCUCUACGGCACUUAUGAAACAGGGGAGGUACGAAGAGGCCGAAUUACAAAUAUGGGAACUUCGGAAGAAGAUAUCGGACGAAGAGGAUUUGGACACAAUUGACGCCUUACUUAUUAAUAUGCAUCUUGUAGAAUGUUUAUGCAAGCAAAAAAAGUAUAAGGAAGCGAAACCGAUAGUGCAACAAACACUAGAGGCUAGAAAGGAAGUAUUAGGCGAGGAACAUCCCGUAAUUUUGGGAUAUAAGAGGAUACUAUCACUUGUACAGGAAUAUUUGACGAUGGGCGAUUGGGUCUGGUAAACUAUCAGUCCCUAAACAGCAGCUAGUUAUUCAAAUAAACAGGACGUAAAUCGAUCUUCCUCGGCUUCUAGGCUUGUGAAAUUAUUCUUUGCUCUAGUUGUUUUUAUCCCAUCGUAUCGUAUAAGUGCUGUAAAGUAGUAGGCCCAUUAACAGGUAGUUAAUAGAGAAGUAGGUUUUAGCUAUCUAUUAAAUGAGUGUAUAACUACCUACCUACCUACCUAGGUAUCGAUAGUCUUAUGGGGUUAGUUGAUGGUCUUGGAGUUAUCCCUAAUAGUAGUAGUAUUGACG